AGAAGUUAAUAGUGGAUCAGCGUUUGCAAAGGCAACAGUUUGUUGAGAAACUUCAGAGGAGCAGGACGCGCAUACACUAAAACAAACUCAAAGCAUCCUCGCGCAAGCGACUGUCAGGAGAAAUCUGACUCUGAAUCUUUUCCUCACAUUUUUGUCUCCUCAAAGACUUGAACUUUUUCCCACUUGUGCCCGUAUUGACAUUUCGAACCAAUGUCUUGUCAAUUAACUUGAGCUCGUUGCUGAUUUAUUUUUCGGUCGAUUUUAUUUUUUGCCGAGGAGCAGUUGGAAAUCUCAAGAUGGACUUGAGACCUUCGCCGUUUUUUCUUGGUCUGAUAUUAGUUCUUAACGUUUUAUCUGCAGCCCAGGACACAAAUGAAGAAAUCCCUGAGGGAGCGUCCACUUUGGCGUUUGUGUUUGAUGUCACCGGCUCCAUGUACGAUGAUUUAGUUCAAGUGAUUGAAGGAGCAUCGAAGAUUUUGGAAACAUCCCUCAGCAGACCCCAGAGACCACUGUACAACUUCGCCUUGGUGCCUUUUCAUGAUCCAGAGAUUGGACCCAUUACAAUAACAACAGAUCCAAAGAAGUUCCAGGAUGAGCUGCGGGAGCUUUAUGUCCAGGGAGGUGGAGAUUGUCCAGAGAUGAGCAUUGGAGCAAUCAAGAUUGCCCUUGAAAUCUCCCUACCAGGGUCCCACAUUUAUGUGUUUACAGAUGCCCGAUCAAAAGACUACAAAUUGACCCAUGAAGUUCUUCAGCUCAUUCAGCAGAAACAGUCACAGGUGGUGUUUGUGUUGACUGGUGACUGUGAUGACCGAUCGCAUAUCGGCUAUAAGGUGUAUGAGGAGAUCGCCUCAACCAGCUCAGGACAAGUAUUCCAUCUCGACAAGAAACAAGUCAAUGAGGUGUUGAAAUGGGUAGAGGAGGCAGUGCAAUCCUCUAAGGUUCACUUGCUCUCGACUGAUCACCAAAACGGGCUUGCUAACACCUGGCAGAUCCCUUUUGACCCUAGCCUGAAGGAAGUGACUGUUGCCUUAAGCGGCCCUGCACCAAACAUUGAAAUCCGAAAUUCUCAGGGAAAACUUAUCGGGAUGAAGGAAGGUCUGUCUGAGCUCCUUCACAUCCCAAACUCUGCCAAAGUCCUCAACCUCAAAGACCCAGCGCCAGGAAUGUGGACCAUAAAGACGUCCAGUGAGGGCAGACACUCAGUCCGUAUAUCAGGCCUCAGCACCAUCGAUUUCCGAGCAGGCUUUUCCCGAAAACAAACGUUGGACUUCAAAAUGACAUCCAGCAGGCCAGUCCAAGGAAUCCCCACCUUCGUUCUGCUAAACACCACUGGUCUUUCCCCUCCUGCUCGUGCUGACCGCCUGGAACUCUUGAGCAUCACUGGUAAUGUAAUGAAGACACUGCCCAUCCGCUACUUCCCUGAGCGACGCCCUUAUGGCAUUUGGAACAUCACAGACUUUGUUCCGCCCAAAGAGGCCUUCUUCCUGCGAGUCACUGGCUAUGACCGUGAUGGCUUCCUCUUCCAGAGAGUGUCUAGUGUCUCCUACUCCAGCAUUGUGCCAGAUGCACCCAAAGUAAGCAUGCCGACUCAUACUCCAGGUUACUACCUGCAGAAGGGGGCUAUUACGUGUUCUGUGGAUAGCCUGAUCCCCUAUACCUUGCGUUUCACUAGGGAGGGACUACGCCUAGGUGUGGACCAACUCUUCAGGGAGUCUGCUAAUGCAUCAUGGGGAAUCGCUCAGGUGUCCCUGAAGGACGAGGGCUUUUAUGAGUGCAUCGCCAUCAGCAGUGCCGGAACAGGACGGGCUCAAACCUUCCUUGAUGUUUCUGAGCCUCCUCCUGCUAUCAUGGUGCCCUCCAAUGCGACAGCGUAUCCUGGUGCAAAUGUCGUUCUGACAUGCCUGGUCACCAGCACGGUGCACUUUAACCUGACUUGGCAGCGAGGGGACGUGGAUGCCAGAUUGGACCAUCGCAUUCGUGUCACUGCCAACCUGUCCUUGGAAAUCCAGCGAGUCACUCCUGAUGAUGUCGGCUGGUACACCUGCAUCGCAGCCAAUGAGGGUGGAGUCUCUGCUUCUCGUGUGUACCUCAGUGUGCAAGAACCACCAGUGGUGACGGUUGACCCGCGAAACCAGACGUUCCGCUCCGGUCAGGAAGUUUGGAUCAGGUGUUCAGCUAAAGGCUACCCCUCACCCAUGGUGGUGUGGAUACACAAUGAUAUGUUCAUUAUGGGCUCCAGCAGGCACAGAAUGACCCCUGAUGGCACGCUGGUCAUCAGGAACACGGGGCCGAAGGAUGCUGGGACAUACGGAUGCUUGGCGAGUAAUGUGGCUGGAACAGACACUCAAACAGCCUUUGUCAGCUACAUCGAGUCUCCACAGGUGACAGUCCCUCACUCUGACCUGCUGAUUGGUCUAGGACAAACAACCAUUAUGGAGUGCAGGGUCACGGGAGUUCCACAUCCUGACGUCUUGUGGUACAAAGGUGACAUGCAGCUGAAGCCAUCUGCGGUUUUAAGUAUGGACCCUCAGCGUGGCACUCUGAGCAUUCAGCAGACUCUGGACACACAUGCAGGAGUGUACACAUGUGUGGCGGUGAACUCAGCCGGCUCUGCACAGGGGUACAUCACGCUGGACGUGGGCUCUGCUCCUCAGUUCACACAAAAGCCAUCAGAUCUGUCUGCUGAUAUCGGUACGAAUGUCACCUUGCCGUGUCAUGCACGAGGCCACCCAGAACCUCAGAUCUCCUGGAGACGAGAGGACAAUGUCGCACUCUUCUCGCACCGCGGUCCCAGUACUGUCACUCAGAAAACUGCUGGGGACCUUUUCAUCACCAACCUUUGGGUGGAGGAUGAGACCACCUAUGUGUGUGAAGCUCAAAACCACUUUGGCAAAAUCCAGGCCAAGGCCAAAGUCACUGUCACUGGACUCGUGUCUCCUUUGAUAGCUCUCAGUCCCACAGUGGUCAGUGUGAUAGAAGACCAGCAGGUCACUCUCCCUUGUGUCUUACUUGCUGGAAACCCCCUUCCUGAGAGACACUGGCUACAUGACAAUGGCUUGGUUACAUCAAGUCCAUACGUGACCGUGAGACGUGAUGGUAGUCUACAUAUAGAACGGGUCAGUCAGCAGGAUGGGGGGCAAUACACCUGUUUGGCUGAAAACGUGGUGGGAUCCAGCAACCGCACCACCAUACUUAACGUCUACGUGAUGCCCACUAUUCAACACGGCCCUCAAGUAUUCAGUACCAUUGAAGGGACGCCCAUUUCUCUGCCAUGUCGUGCACAUGGAGUCCCCAAACCAGAUAUCACUUGGUCUAAGCGAGGGGAGUUGCUGGAUCUGACUGGCAGUGUCUUUUCUCUGGGUGAGGAUGGCAGUCUUUACAUUGUCUCCCCCAGUGGUGAAGAGUCUGGAGAGUUUGUAUGCACAGCCACCAAUGCUGCUGGAUACAGCUCCAGAAAAGUCCAACUCACUGUCUACGUGAAGCCCAGGCCAAGCAUUGUUGGUGGAGUAGAGAUACAGAAUAAUUCAGACAAGCUGUUGGAGAUGUCAGGAACAGUGGGUGAUGAUGUCACACUGCCAUGUGAGGUGGAGAGCAUACCUCCUCCCAUAAUCACCUGGGCCAAAGACAAGCAGCUCAUCUCCCCCUUCUCUCCCAGACACAUUCAGCUGCCAUCAGGCUCCAUGAGGAUCAUAGAAACACGUGUGACUGACAGUGGCAUGUACCGCUGUGUGGCCACCAACAUAGCUGGAAACUUCACUCAGACAGUCAAACUCAGCGUGCUGGUUCCUCCCAGCAUCCGUGCAGGUCCUCGAGCCAUGAAAGUGCAGGUGGGACAUGCUAUAGACCUGCCCUGUGUCGCACAGGGAGUCCCAGAGCCCUCUGUGUCCUGGCUGAAGGAUGGCGCCACCCUGCUGGAUGGGUCUCAGUACAGGAUCUCAGAUGGGGCCCUGACUCUGAACCAGGUGGGGCUUAUGGAUGAGGGCGUCUAUACCUGUGUGGCCUCCAACAUCGCCGGACAAGAUGAAGCCACUAUUCAGCUCCAUGUACAAGUUCCUCCUGUGGUGGAGGUUUCUGAACCCCCUUUCAACAGCCCUUUACAGGAGAGAGUGGCUAACCAGCAGAUUGCCUUUCCUUGUCCUGCCAAAGGCACUCCUGAGCCAGUAAUAAAGUGGUUUAGGAAUGGUCAGGAGUUGACAGGGAAUGAGCCAGGUGUGUCUAUUUUGGAGGAUGGCACGCUUCUUAUCCUGGCCUCAGUGUCCCCUCUGGAUAACGGGGAGUACACUUGCAUGGCUGUCAAUGAUGCUGGUACAACAGAGAAGAAAUACCAGCUUAAGGUUAAUGUCCCACCUGAUAUUCGAGACAAUGGCCUGCUGUCCAAUGUCUCUGUAGUGAUGAAUCAACCGACCAACCUGGUGUGUGAUGUCACAGGCACACCUGUACCUGUCAUCACCUGGUACAAAGAUGGAGUCGCGGUGGUUCCUAGCAGCGUUGUGCAGAUUCUGCAGAAGGGCAAAACUCUCAAGCUGUUGAAAGCGGCUGUUGCAGAUGCUGGACGCUACACCUGCAAGGCCAUCAACAUCGCUGGAAGCACAGAGAGAGACUUUUACUUAGAUGUUUUGGUUCCUCCUACAAUCAUUGGGACAGUUGGGUCACGUGACCUCUCUGCCGUGCUUAAUCAGGAGAUCAUUCUGGAAUGCAGGGUCGAAGGCGAUCCCUUUCCCACAAUUCAGUGGUACAAAGACAGGAAGCCAGUGUUUUUGGGUGACCCCAAUAUUGAAGUUUCAAACAGAGGACAGCAGCUGAAGAUAAAGAGUGCUCGCUUAGGUGACCAGGCACGAUACCAGUGUAGUGCCACCAACGCAGCAGGAAAGCAGUCCAAAGAUUUUAACCUCAGUAUCUUUGUGCCACCCAGCAUUAAGGGAGGAAACGCGUCUUCUGAAGUGACAGUUCUGCUGGGUAAUGUUGUGACUCUGGAAUGUGAGGUACGGGGUGUGCCACUCCCUGCCAUCACAUGGUACAAGAACGGAGAGGUCAUUCUGUCCAGCAGACUGACCCAGUAUGUGGACCGAGGGCAGUUCCUUAAGAUCUCAAGAGCUCAAGUGUCAGAUGCUGGACAGUACACCUGUAAAGUCACCAGUGUGGCCGGCACCGCUGAGAAAAUUUAUGGGCUGGAUGUCUAUGUUCCCCCCUCCAUCACUGCCAGUUCUGAUGGUCCCACAGACAUGAAGGUUGUGCUCAGUAAAUCUCUGAUUUUGGAGUGUGAAGCUGAAGGUCACCCUCCUCCCUCACUGACCUGGCUAAAGGAUGGUUCACCGGUGGCUGCUAGAGAGAACCUGCGUGUUCUAGAGCAGGGUCGCAAAAUUGAAAUCCUCAGUGCACUUCCAUCUGAUGCUGGUCGAUAUGUUUGUGUGGCUACCAGUGUUGCUGGAGAGAGGGAGAUCAAAUAUGACGUCAGUGUCUUAGUUCCUCCUGUUGUUGAUGGGGCAAGCGACACCACAGAUGUCACGGUCAUCCUCAACAAUAUCCUAGAGCUGGACUGCUACGCUACAGGCACACCUACUCCAACUAUUACGUGGCUAAAGGAUGGCGUACCAGUAAGGCAGGGCGAAGGGGUGCGGAUAACAUCAAACGGUCGUCGAUUGGUCAUCUCGCGUGCUCAGGUGUCUGAUACAGCACUUUUUCACUGUGUAGCGACCAACGAGGCUGGAGAACAAGAGAGAGAGUUUAAAGUGUCUGUACAUGUCCCCCCAGCUAUCCGUUCUACCGGUCCAGCUGAGAGGUCAGUGGUCCUCCACACAUCAAUCAGCCUUCAGUGUGUGGUCAGUGGAAUUCCACCUCCCAGCAUUACAUGGCUCAAAGAUGGCCGUCCUGUGGACACGACACAAGAAUUUCUGAAGCUGGAAUCCGCAGGCAGGGUCUUGCACAUAAAGAAGGCCAGGCUGGAGGAUGCUGGGAAAUAUACAUGUGUGGCAACUAAUGCAGCAGGCGAGGCACAACAGCACUUUCGCCUCAGUGUGCAUGAACCUCCCAGCAUCCAGUAUGCUGGAGAGACACUCAAUGAAACCAUCCUUGCUGGCUUCCAAAUUCAGCUGAAGUGUAAGGCAACAGGAAGUCCUUUGCCAGCUGUGACAUGGUAUAAAGACGGUCGUCCAUUGACGAGCGCUGCAGGUGUUAACAUUCUGAGCAGAGGUCAGGUUCUGGAGAUUGACCGUGCGCAGGUGUCAGAUGCUGGACUCUACAAAUGUGUGGCCAUCAAUGUGGCCGGCAGCACUGAGCUCACAUACAGUCUGCAGGUGUAUGUUCCUCCCUCCAUUUCUAGUAAAGGAGGAAUGAUAACAGUGGUGGUGAAUGAGCCAGUCAGGUUAGAGUGUGAAGCCUCAGGAGUUCCCAUGCCCAGCCUCACCUGGCUUAAAGAAGGCAGACCUAUCUCCAGCUUCUCAGAUGGCGUCCAGGUAUUGUCAGGUGGAAGGGUGUUGUCAUUUGUUAGUGCGCAGGUCAGUGACACAGGUCAUUACACCUGUGUGGCUGUGAAUGCAGGAGGAGAACAGCACAGAGAAUAUGACCUACGUGUAUACGUGCCGCCCAACAUCAUGGGAGAGGAAGUAAACAACACAGUUCUGAUGGGUCAGUCAGUGCAGCUGCAUUGCCAGAGCGAUGCCAUCCCUCCACCUGCACUGAGCUGGCGGAAAGACGGUCGACCACUCUAUAGAAAACCAGGACUAAGCCUGUCAGAGGACGGCAGCUUUCUGAAGAUUACCAGUGCUCAGGUCCAGGACACAGGCAGGUACACAUGUGAGGCAAUCAAUGUGGCAGGAAAAACGGAGAAACACUAUAACCUGAACGUGUGGGUUCCUCCCAGUAUCCGUGGAUCUGAUGAGGUGUCUUCUCUGACUGUGAUUGAGGGCAGUCUCAUGACACUUGUAUGUGAGUCCAGUGGGAUCCCUCCUCCCAGUCUCACAUGGAAGAAAGGCGGCUCAGAGCUAAAGGGAGAUUCACGUGUGCGUGUUCUUUCUGGUGGGCGGCAGCUGCAGAUUUCCAGUGCUGAGAAGGCAGACGCUUUCUCUUAUACCUGUCUGGCCACCAGUGCAGCUGGCAGUGCGAUGAAAGAGUACAAUCUGCAAGUCUAUGUUCGUCCAACCAUCAGCUCCUCAAAUCAGAAUGAAGAGACAGUGACGCGAGGUGGAGAUAUCACUCUGAAGUGUGAAGCAGACGGGGUGCCCAGACCUGCCAUAUCAUGGAUGAAAGACGGUAGACCCCUGAGCACCGGUCGCAAAGCUCAAAUACUUAACGAGGGACAACUUUUACGCAUCCAGGAUGCUCAAGUGGCUGACACCGGACGAUACACCUGUAUCGCUGUAAAUGUGGCAGGACAGGCAGACAGGAAAUAUGAUGUCAAUGUUCAUGUUCCUCCCACCAUCAUCGGUCAGACGCAGAUGCCUGAGAAUGUGAGUGUUGUUGUGAAAAGCCCAGUUGUUCUCACCUGUGAAGCUUCUGGAAUGCCACCACCAGCCAUCACAUGGCUCAAAGACGGCCAGCCGAUCAGCAUGUCUAGCUCUGUUCGGGUCAUCUCAGGAGGGCGAGGCCUGCGUUUGAUGCAUGCUGCAAGUGAGGAUGCUGGGAGAUACACCUGCAUCGUGUCCAACUCUGCUGGAGAGGAGCGGAAGAACUUCGACUUAAAUGUCCUAGUGCCGCCCAGCAUUGUAAACGAGGGCACGGUGGAGGAUGUGAAAGUGAAGGAGAGACAGAACAUCAUUUUGGCUUGUGAGGUCACUGGUAAUCCAGUUCCAGAGAUCACGUGGCUGAAGGAUGGCCAACCACUGGCUAGUGACUCAAGGCUGCAGGUGAUGUCAAAUGGGCGUUUCCUGCAGAUCAGUGGAUCACAAGUGGCCGACACAGGCAGGUAUAGCUGCCUGGCCUCUAACAGCGCUGGAGACAGGAGCAGACACUUCAACCUCAAUGUGUUAGUUUCUCCCACCAUUGCCGGUUCUGGUCCAGAAGGUUCAGCUGAAGAUGUUACUGUGACACUGAAUAGUCCUACAUCUCUUGUUUGCGAAGCCCAGUCAUACCCCCCUGCCAUCAUCACUUGGCUCAAAGACGGCACACCCUUUGAAUCCAGCCGCAACGUCAGGGUACUUCCAGGUGGUCGCACUUUACAGAUCUUGAAUGCUAAGGAAGAGGAUGCUGGGAGAUAUACAUGUGUGGCAACUAACGAGGCUGGAGAGACAUUGAAGAACUAUGAGGUCAAAGUUUUCGUCCCUCCAGUUAUCAAUAAAAAUGACAUCCCAGGAGAGAGUCUGGCCCCUAAAGAGGUGAAAAUCAAAGUUAACAACACCCUUACUCUGGAGUGUGAAGCUCAGGCUAUCCCAACACCUACGCUAGUGUGGUACAAGGAUGGCCAGAUCCUGAAAGCAGAUGGUCACCUCACUAUCACAGCAAAUGGUCGUAUAGUUCAGAUUAAACACACUCAGGUGUCUGAUACAGGUCGUUACACCUGUGUAGCCACCAACAUCGCUGGAGAGGAUGAGAAGGACUUUGAUGUAAAUAUACAAGUUCCUCCUAGUUUCCGAGGCUUUGGAGACUCUGACUCUGGCCCUGGUAAUAAUGGAGACGUGAAGGAUGUGAUUCUUAAUAAUCCCAUCUCCCUGUACUGUGAGACCAAUGCUGUCCCCCCUCCUGUACUCACUUGGUACAAAGAUGGGCACCUGCUGACCUCUAAUGAUAAAGUACUCAUCCUGCCUGGCGGAAGAGUCCUCCAGAUCCCUCGAGCUCAAGCAAAAGAUUCUGGGAGAUACACUUGUGUGGCUGUGAAUGAGGCUGGAGAAGACUCAAUCCAAUAUGAUGUCAGAGUGCUGUUGCCGCCCUCGAUUCGUGGAGCUGAUGGUGACCUACCUGAUGAAGUCACAGUGCUGGUUAAUAAAACAACAUUACUGGAGUGUCAGGUGGAUGGAAGUCCCACUCCUAAAAUUAGCUGGAUAAAAGACAGUCAACCCCUCACCCCAGACAACACUCACAGACUUCUGUCCAAUGGCAGGACACUGCAGAUUUUGAAUGCACAGGUGACAGAUACAGGACGCUAUGUGUGUGUGGCUCAAAACUUAGCUGGAACAGCAGAGAAAUCCUUCAACCUCCAUGUGCAUGUUUCUCCCUCUAUUGUGGGUGUCAGAGAGGGGAAUGUGACAGUGGUGGUGAAUAAUUUCAUAUCUCUAAACUGUGAGGCCACUGGACUCCCACCUCCCACCCUUAGCUGGUUCAAAGACAGGAGACCUGUACAGGCCAGCACCAACGCACUCAUAAUGCCUGGUGGCCGUACUCUCCAGAUCCUAAAAGCAAAGAUGUCUGACGCUGGGAAAUACAGCUGUGUGGCCAUCAACCCAGCAGGAGAAGCCCAAAAAAUAAUUUAUCUUACAGUAUAUGUCCCUCCCAGUAUCAGACACAGCAGUGGGGAUCUUCCAGUGGUGUUAAAUGUACAGGUGGGCAAGUCUGUUACUUUGGAGUGUGAAUCUAAUGCGGUACCUCCUCCCAUCAUUACCUGGUACAAGAAUGGACGCCCCAUCACUGAGACUGCCAAUCUGCGCAUACUGGCUGAUGGACAAAUGCUGGAACUGAAAGAAACAGAGGUGUCAGAUACCGGCCAGUAUGUCUGUAAGGCCACAAAUGUAGCAGGUCAAGUGGACAAGAACUUCCAUCUCAACAUCCAUGUUCCCCCACGGCUAGACGGCCCAGCAGUGGAGCGUGUGGUGGAAACCAUCAGUAAUCCUGUCACCUUCGCCUGUGAUGCUACAGGGAUCCCUCCUCCCUCGCUUACCUGGUUGAAGAACGGCAGAGUGAUUGAGAAUUCAGAGUCUCUGGAGAUGCAUAUCUUGUCCGGGGGCAGUAAGCUGCAGAUUGCACGCUCACAGUUAUCUGACAGCGGCACUUACACCUGUGUGGCUUCAAAUGUGGAGGGCAAGGCCCACAAAAACUACCAUCUUACAAUACAAGUCCCCCCAAACAUCGUAGGAUCUGAGUUACCUAGUGAGAUGAGUGUUCUGCUGAAUGACAGUGUCCAGCUGGUGUGCCGUGCUGAAGGAACUCCAACCCCUGAGAUCCAGUGGCUGAAGGAUGGAAAGACACUUAGCAGAACUGCCCAGAAGAACAUCAAAAUUAGCCCCGAUGGCAGCACACUGACUGUGACAGCCACCCACACAUCCGACAGUGGAAAAUACACAUGUGUGGCCACCAAUCAAGCUGGAGAGGAAGACCGAAUAUUCAACCUGAAUGUAUAUGUUCCUCCUCUGAUCCAGGGAAAUGGACCUGCUGCCAAGGAGCUGACCGCAGUGCUGGACAGCUCAAUAAAUAUAGAGUGUGUAGCUAGUGGUUCUCCACCUCCACAGCUUAACUGGCUAAAGAACAGUCUGCCGCUUCCAGUGUCGUCUCAGGUCCGCCUGCUGUCUGCUGGCCAGGUCCUCCGCAUUGCUCGUGCACAGGUUUCAGAUGGUGGGAGCUAUACUUGUGUGGCCUCCAACAGAGCUGGAGUGGACAACAGACACUACCACCUACAGGUGUAUGUUCCUCCCAGUUUGGACGGAGCAGGCAGCACAGAAGAAGUAACAGUAGUGAGAGGAAAUACGGCCUCUUUCAUCUGCAUUGCAGAUGGGACGCCCAGUCCAACCAUUACUUGGCUGAGAAAUGGUGCAGCAGUGCCUAAAGAUGCUCACCUGUCACUCCUCAACCAAAACACCACCCUGCAGAUUUCCCAUGUGAGAGUCAACCACACCGGACGCUACACCUGUACCGCACAUAAUCAGGCUGGAGACGCAAGCCGCCACUUCAGCCUCAAAGUAUUGGACCCACCGCGUAUCAAUGGCUCUGGUGUGCCUGCUGAGGUCUCUGUGGUUGUGAAUCAUGUCUUGGAGCUGGUUUGUGAGACUGAUGGCAUACCUUUACCUACACUGACCUGGCUGAAGGAUGGGCGACCGCUGCCUCAGACAGACAGCAUACGGCUCCUCAGAGAUGGAGAGGUGCUCAGAGUUGCUUCUGCUCAGGUGGAGAACACUGGAAGAUACACCUGUUUGGCCACCAGCCCUGCUGGAGAUGAUGAUAAAGAGUUUCUAGUCAGAGUACAUGUGCCACCCAACAUUGCUGGAGACAGAGGUGUGCAAGAUGUGUCUGUCCUGCAAAACAGACAGGUGACCCUUGAAUGUAAAUCAGAUGCAGUUCCACCUCCAACCCUCACCUGGCUUAAAGAUGGAGCACCGCUGAAGAUGUCUCCACGAGUGCGUGUUUUGUCCAGCGGUCGUUACCUGCAGAUCAACAAUGCAGAGCUGAGAGAUGGUGCCCAGUACACUUGUGUGGCCAGCAAUGUUGCUGGAGAAACCAGACGCCACUUCAACCUUAGUGUCAAUGUCCCUCCGACAAUAAAGGAUGGUCCUCAGUCUGUGUUGGUUCAUAUCAAUCAACCAGUGGUUCUGGAGUGUGUUGUGAAUGGAGUACCCGCCCCACGCAUUACCUGGAGGAAGCAUGGAUCCAUCCUGGCAGGAAACAACCCCAGGUACAGGUUUGGUGAGGAUGGUUCACUCCACAUCCUCUCAGCCCAGGUGACAGACACAGGCCGCUACCUUUGCAUGGCCACCAACCAGGCGGGAACAGAACGCAAGAGAGUAGAUCUUCAGGUUUAUGUGCCACCCUCCAUCGCAGAGGGUCCCACUAACAUCACUGUGACAGUAAACGUCCAGACCACGCUAUCCUGUGAGGCCACCGGCAUCCCCAAACCCUCAGUCAGCUGGACCAAAAACACCCAAGCCCUUAACACUGACCAGAACCAGAAUAUGUACAGGCUGUUGUCGUCAGGCUCUCUGGUUGUCAUUGCACCUACAGUAGAGGACACAGCGCUGUACGAGUGUGUUGUAUCCAAUGAGGCAGGCCAGGAAAGCCGAGCCAUUCAGCUGACUGUACAUGUUCCUCCUUCUAUUGCUGAUGAGGCCACAGAGCUUGUGGUGAGCAGACUGUCCCCGGUGGUCAUCGGCUGCACUGCAUCCGGAGUGCCUCAUCCUGUCCUAUACUGGAGCAAAGAUGGAUUGAGACUAGCUAAAGACGGAAAGGGCUAUACAAUACUACCAUCAGGUCCUCUUGAGAUCACAGCUGCAGAUCUGAGUCACUCAGGCCGUUACUCUUGUGUGGCCAAGAAUGCCGCAGGCACCGCACACCGACACGUCCAGCUCACAGUACACGAGCCUCCGGUGAUACAGUCACACCCGUCAACACUGGAUGUGAUUUUGAACAAUCAUGUGACCGUGCCCUGCAGAGCGACGGGCUCCCCUCGGCCAACUAUCACCUGGCAGAAAGAGGGCAUCAACAUUUUUACCACAGAUGAAAGAGGUGGUUUUACGGUGCUCCCCAAUGGUGGUCUGCAGAUCUCUAAAGCCAGAGUCGAGGAUUCUGGAACCUAUAUGUGUGUGGCUCAGAAUCCGGCAGGCACUGCACUAGGGAAGACCAAACUCAGAGUGCAAGUGCCCCCAAUCAUAACAUCUGACAUCAGGGCGUACAAUGUGGCACUAGAUGCAUCUGUAACUCUGCAAUGCCACUCAGAGGGUUUCCCCACUCCUUCUAUCACCUGGUACAAGGACGGGCAGCUGCUGAGCGAGUCCGUGCGCCAGCGGGUCCUCAGCACAGGGGCGCUGCAGAUCGCCUUUGCCCAACCUGGAGACACAGGCAGAUACACCUGCACUGCUGCUAAUGUGGCUGGAACCACUAGUCUGGAGAUGAGCCUUACUGUACACAUACCUCCUUCCAUCCGUGUAGGAGAGUCAGAGGUGUCCGUGGUGGAGAACACCCAAGCUUUGUUGACCUGUGUGGCAGACGGGGUCCCACAGCCCACCAUCACCUGGGAGAAAGAUGAUAUCGCACUUACUGACACAACUGGAGAAUACACGAUCCUGCCCACGGGAGAGCUGCUCAUAGACACUGCACAGCCUGAGGAUUCUGGGAGUUACACAUGUGUCGGAACCAACUCAGUUGGGCAGGACAGUCGCACCAUUGGUCUGUCCAUCCACACACAUCCAGCCUUCACUGAGCUCCUGGGGGAUGUGGCUCUCAACAAGGGAGAGCGCCUCCUGCUGACCUGCGGCGUCACUGGCAUCCCUCCACCCAAGAUCACGUGGGCAUUCAACAACAAUAUCAUCCCUGCCCAGUAUGAUCAUAUCAAUGGCCACAGUGAGCUUGUGAUUGAGCGUGUGAGUAAAGACGACUCGGGCACUUAUUCCUGCAUGGCUGAGAACAGCGUGGGAUCCAUCAAAUCUCUAGGAUUUGUCUAUGUUAAAGAACCACCAGUAAUAGAUGGAGAUGUUCAUUCAAAUCGCAUUGAGCCCCUGGGAGGGAAUGCCAUACUUAACUGUGAUGUGCGAGGAGACCCUCUGCCCACAUUCCAGUGGAGCAAAAAGGGCGUCAAUGUCCAGAUAAGCAAUCGAAUCCGCCAGCUUGACAACGGAUCUCUAGCUAUCUACGGCACAGUGAGCGAAGAUGCUGGAAAUUACAUGUGUGUGGCUACAAAUGAUGCAGGAGUGGUGGAGAGAACAGUUACACUGACCUUACAGAGUUCUCCUACCAUCACUGUAGAGCCAGUAGAGACAGUGGUAGAUGCCGGUUCCACAGUGGUGCUGAACUGCCAAGCAGAGGGAGAGCCUGUGCCUGUCAUUGAGUGGUCCCGUCAAGGGCGCUCCCUGUUGGGUAAUGAGCGCAUCAGCACACUGAAUAACGGUUCUCUGCGGCUCAGUAGUGCUCAGAAAGAGGACACAGCUGAGUAUGAGUGUGUGGCCCGAAAUUUUUUAGGCUCUGUGCUGGUACGCGUGACCCUCACAGUUCGAGUUCACGGAGGUUUCUCUGAAUGGAUGGAGUGGGGAGCCUGCAGUGUUUCCUGCGGUACAGGAGUACAGAGGAGACUGAGGCAGUGCAAUAACCCAUUUCCUGCGAACGGAGGACGACACUGUGUUGGUUCAGCAACAGAAACUCGCAGCUGUCAAGGCAAACCUUGCCCAGUGGAUGGUAAUUGGUCUGAGUGGUCUUCCUGGGAGGAGUGCUCUCGUACCUGUGGUCAGGGUAACAGGACUAGGGUGCGGACUUGUAGUAAUCCUCCUGCCCAGCAUGGGGGCAGAGCCUGUGAGGGCAAAACAGUGGAGGUCAUCAUGUGUAGUAUAAGGCCAUGCCCAGUGGCAGGGAACUGGGGUGCCUGGUUGCCUUGGAGCCCUUGUAGUGAAACAUGUGGCAAAGGGAUGCAGACAAGACUCAGACUCUGCAACAACCCUCCACCCUCAUUUGAAGGACCAUCGUGUGAAGGACCUGACACACAGACACAAGUGUGCAAUGAGAGGAAUUGCCCUGUGGAUGGCAAGUGGUCAUCCUGGGUAAGCUGGGGGGCAUGUAGUGUUUCUUGUGGAGGCGGUACGAGGCAAAGGACACGUAUCUGUGCAAGCCCCGCCCCCCAGUAUGGUGGACGGCAGUGUGAGGGAAAUGACAUCCACAUUGAUUUCUGCAACAAUGAACCCUGUCCCAUUCAUGGUAACUGGGGCCCAUGGAACAGCUGGGGCAGUUGUAGCAGGACCUGCAAUGGUGGACAGAUGCGUCGCUACAGAACAUGUGACAAUCCUCGACCAGCGAAUGGAGGCAGAGCGUGUACUGGUUCAGACUCGCAAAUCCAGAAGUGCAACACAGCCAACUGCCCUGUUGAUGGUAAGUGGGGUUCAUGGGAGUCCUGGGGUGAAUGUUCAGCAUCCUGUGGAGGUGGAGAACGGACACGUGUCAGACUUUGUAACAAUCCAUCACCUAGCAACAGCGGCCGACCCUGCCCAGGAGACUCCACCCAGUUAUCAAGAUGUAACAUACAGCCAUGUCCAGGUGGCCCUCAGAAAGCGAGAGGAAGUAUCAUUGGGAACAUUAAUGAUGUGGAGUUUGGCAUUGCCAUCCUCAACGCCACCAUCUCUAGCAGUCCCAAUGGAGGGAGAGUUAUACAGGCCACCAUCACUAAUAUACCCAGGAGUCUGGGCUCUGCUAUGAGGAAGUUGAUCUCCAUCCUGAACCCCAUUUACUGGACCACAGCACAGGAGCUGGGUGAAGCUGUUAAUGGCUACACUCUCACAGAUGGCAUCUUUAGACGUGAAACUCAGGUGGAGUUUGCCACAGGAGAGAUUCUCCGAAUGACCCAUGUGGCACGAGGGCUGGACUCAGAUGGAGCGCUUCUGCUGGACAUCGUAGUAAAUGGACACAUCCUGCAACUGCCCUCCAAUGCAGACAUCAGUCUCAAGGACUACACUGAAGACUACAUCCAGACUGGUCCUGGUCAGUUGUAUGCUCUGUCUACACGUAUGUUCAGUAUAGACAGGGUGAGCGUGCCUUACUCCUGGAAUCAUACCAUCACAUACGGACCCUCCAGAGGAAAGAUGCCCUAUCUGGUGCAGACACUUCACGCUUCGGCUAUCAAUGCUCUGUACCGUCCACUAGAAGAGAUGCUGGAGUUUGCCAUCCAUGCCACUAUUGCUAAAGGAGAGCGCAGUAAUCAGUGUCCCAAUGGUUUUCAACUGGACCCCACUGGGCCAUAUUGUGCAGAUGAGAAUGAGUGUGUGGAGGGAAAUCCCUGCUCACAUGCCUGCCACAAUGCUAUAGGUACAUACUAUUGUUCCUGUCCCAGAGGACUCACCAUUUCAGCUGAUGGCAGAACAUGCCAGGAUAUUGAUGAGUGUUCACUGGGUGGGCACAUGUGCCAUGAUGGACAGGACUGUGAGAACACCAUUGGCUCCUAUCGCUGUGUGAUGCGCUGUGGGCGGGGCUUUAGAAGGACAGCAGACGGGCUGAGCUGCUCAGAUGUGAAUGAGUGUCAGGAAUCCAACCCUUGCCAUCAGCACUGUCUAAACACCAUUGGCAGCUUUCGCUGUGCUUGUGAGCCGGGGUACCAACUCAGGAAUCGGCGCUGUAUUGAUAUAAAUGAAUGCAAACAGAGAGUGUGUCGCUCAGAUCAACAGUGUAAAAACACACGUGGUGGAUACACUUGCAUUGACCUCUGCCCUACUGGCAUGACCAAAGGAAGCAAUAGCACAUGCAUAGAUAUUGAUGAGUGCCAUGACGGCACACAUCAGUGCAGGUAUAAUCAGAUCUGCGAAAACACCAGAGGUAGCUACCACUGCACUUGCCCGAGGGGGUACCGCUCUCAGGGUGUGGGCCGCCCCUGCCUUGACAUAAACGAGUGCGAGCUGGUACCGGUGCCCUGUGCCUAUCAGUGCGUGAACAGCCCUGGCAGCUACAAGUGUCUGUGCCCACCGGGGCUCCACCUGCUGGGUGAUGGCAAGUCCUGUGCCGGACUAGAGCGCUUGCCCAACUAUGAGAGUUUCUCAUAUGGGUACAGAACAUCACAGUCCUCCUCUGAUCGGAGCUCCUACCAGCAGCGCUACCAUAGCCUGACUUCCCAGAGUUACCACUCAUAUGUCCCCGUAAGGGGACGUCAUGUGGCCAACAGACCAAACAAUUCCCCUUCACGCAGUCGUAGGGAUACUAAUUCCUGCCCCCCUGGUUUUAAGGCAAAAAAUGGCCAGUGUUUAGAUAUUAAUGAAUGUGAACAGAGGGAUACAUGUCAGCAUGAGUGUAUGAACACACCAGGCAGCCAUAGGUGUUUGUGUCCCAGUGGCUAUCGCCUUAUGACCAAUGGCAAAACCUGCCAAGACAUAGAUGAAUGCCUGGAGCAGAACAUUCAGUGUGGUGCAAACAGGAUGUGUUUCAACAUGAGAGGGAGUUACCAGUGCAUCGACACACCUUGCCCUCCCAACUAUCAGAGAGAUCCAGCCACAGGGUUCUGCUUGAAGAAUUGUCCGCCCAAUGAUCUGGAGUGUGCCCUGAGCCCGUAUGCACUGGAGUACAAACUGCUGUCCCUGCCCUUCGGCAUCGCCGCCAAUCAGGACCUGAUCCGGCUGGUUGCCUACACCCAGGAUGGAGUCGUCCACCCCCGCACUUCCUUCUUAGUGGUUGAUGAGGACACGACUCUGCCCUUCACCCUCCGGGACGAAAACCUCAAAGGUGUUCUGUUCACCACUCGGCCACUGCGCGAACCUCACACGUACCGCAUGAAGGUACGAGCCCUGUCUUACAGCGCCGACGGAGGAAUAGAGUACCAGACCACCUUCAUUGUCUACAUCGCUGUCUCAGCCUAUCCAUACUGAGCACUUUACUACGUCCCACAGCCUAUGAAGAGAGGGAAUGAUCAGAGGUUGCGCUAAAAGAAAUCUGUAAUUUCACGAAUUUUGAAAACAAUAUUUCUCGUCAUUUUGACAGAUAAAAAAUAAUGUCUCCGUAAUGUCCCUACGUUAGAAAUAUUCCAACAUUAGGGUUCCUAAAUGAGUUUUGAAGUGUAGAAAAGGGAAGAAAAUUACGCUUUUAAAGCACCUCUGCGAAAAUAAACCAGGACAGCGCUGUGAGAGAGCAGAGAGAAACGAGAGAUUGCAAGUGUAUGCCACUGGAAUAUUUUGAGAUAUUGAUCAUUGAAACAAGUGGACAGAUCGUGAGACCAAAUUAUGUGUAAGUAAAGGCCAAAAAAGACUCAAAGAUCUUGUAAUAUCAGUGGCGUUUUAAAAAAAAAAUCAGCCACAUCAGUAAUUUGCUGACAGCUUAAAAUAGAGCAUGAUAGAAAAUGUCCAACCCAGUCCAUCUAGAUAAAAUCUUUUAAAGCGCAGCCUCUGAGAACAGUGCAGUUUUUGUACAUGCAUGACUGAGAAGUGUGCGUCUUUGUGUGAGAGUGUGUAUGUGUGAGUGCAGAUCCGCCACUUGAAGAGAUUCUCACAGGUCAUGUUGACGUGUAAGGCCUUGUAGGCUGGAAGAGUUGCAGAGUCUGCAGACAGAUGCCGUCGCUCUCUGGAGUUCAUUGGAGAGACUUGAAACCAGUUUUAAGACCGCAGGCGGGUUAACGGUUCAGCCGCUCCGCAGGCUGCAAGAAUCCUUCAUCAGAAUGUACAGCAGGACUAUGGGUGGUGUUAUAGAAUACGUUUGCAUAUAUGUCUACCUAUUAACUUAUUGGGAAUUGCUUGAAUAUAUGAAAAACUCAAUUCCCUCCAUUGCUUUCUAUGAAAUGAGAUGGGGAAGGUUUUAUUGGUUUAAAUUUGUGCUUGUCAACAUGAUGAUGAGGUUUGGGUUUGCAGUAAAAUUGAAAAGGACGUCCACCUCAGGUAAGCACUACCUUUACUCUAAAAGAGAGUAUUGUCAACCAGUAAUUAUGCACAUAAUAGCAAUGUCUCAUUAUCAUUACAGGUUCAUACACAUUUGGAGUAUUUUUUGUAACUUUGUCAGUAAUCAAGGUGUAUUCUAUUGUCAUGAUAUGUAUAUAAGUAUGUGGGUUUUUUUAUUUGUAAUACUGUGUUGUAUUCCCUUUUUUAAAAAAAAAAAAAAAAAAACAAUAAAAUGUACAAUCUAUU